GCUGACAGUGUUGAUAGUGUCAAUCUGUCCACUUGUAAUCUUUUCACUGGAAAAAAUAAGGAGAUAUCAACUGACUGAAAUGAUGUUUUCAGAAGCAUAGAGUCUUCAGGAAGAUACUGGAGUUCAUGAGAUCUCAAGGUACAUGUGACAGCGCUGCAGCUAUGAGUGGAAUUUUAAAGAGGAAGUUUGAAGAAGUUGACGGCUCUUCACCCUGCUCCUCUGUGCGGGAAUCAGAUGAUGAAGUUUCCAGCAGCGAGAGUGCUGACAGUGGGGACAGUGUCAAUCCAUCCACUUCUAAUCAUUUUCCCCCUUCCUCCAUCCUCAAAAGGGAGAAGCGGCUAAGGACAAAGAAUGUGCAUUUUAGCUGUGUCACCGUGUACUACUUCACCAGGAGGCAAGGCUUCACGAGCGUGCCCAGUCAAGGGGGUAGCACCCUGGGCAUGUCCAGCCGCCAUAACAGUGUGCGCCAGUACACUCUUGGUGAAUUUGCAAGAGAACAGGAGAGGCUCCACCGGGAGAUGUUGAGAGAACACCUCAGGGAGGAAAAACUGAACUCUUUGAAACUAAAGAUGACCAAGAAUGGCACAGUGGAAUCUGAAGAAGCUAGCACUCUUACAGUGGAUGACAUUUCUGAUGAUGAUAUUGAUUUAGACAACACGGAGGUAGAUGAGUACUUCUUUCUACAACCCCUGCCAACAAAAAAACGGAGAGCACUGCUGCGGGCCUCUGGGGUGAAAAAGAUUGAUGUGGAAGAAAAGCAUGAGCUGCGCGCCAUCCGUCUAUCGAGGGAGGACUGUGGCUGUGACUGCCGAGUGUUCUGUGAUCCAGAAACGUGUACCUGCAGCCUGGCAGGCAUUAAGUGCCAGGUGGAUCGAAUGUCUUUCCCAUGUGGCUGCACUAAAGAAGGAUGUAGUAACACAGCAGGUAGAAUUGAAUUUAAUCCUAUCCGUGUCCGGACUCACUUUUUGCACACAAUAAUGAAACUUGAACUGGAGAAAAACCGAGAGCAGCAAAUCCCCGCGCUGAACGGCUGCCACGGUGAGAUAAGCGCUCCCAGUAGCUCCAUGGGCCCCGUCGCGCACUCCGUGGAGUAUUCCAUCGCGGACAACUUUGAGAUUGAAACCGAGCCCCAGGCCGCAGUGCUGCACCUGCAGUCGGCCGAGGAGCUAGACUGCCAGGGAGAGGAGGAGGAGGAGGAGGAGGACGGCAGCAGCUUCUGCAGCGGCGUCACCGACUCCAGCACACAGAGCUUGGCCCCCAGCGAGUCAGACGAGGAGGAGGAGGAGGAGGAGGAAGAGGAGGAGGACGACGACGACGACGAUGAUGACGACGAGAAAGGGGACAGCUUCGUGGAAGGUUUGGGGACCCAUGCGGAAGUCGUGCCUCUUCCUUCCGUCCUCUGCUAUUCCGACGGCACGGCGGUUCACGAGAGCCACGCGAAAAACGCUUCUUUUUAUGCCAACUCGUCGACCCUGUAUUACCAAAUAGACAGCCACAUUCCAGGAACUCCUAACCAGAUCUCCGACAGCUAUGCCGAAAGAGAUCCUGUUAAGAACGGUACCCUGUCGCUGGUGCCUUACACCAUGACCCCGGAGCAAUUUGUGGACUAUGCCCGGCAAGCGGAAGAGGCCUACGGCCCCUCCCACUACCCCGCCACCAACCCCUCGGUCAUCGUGUGCUGCUCGUCUGCGGAGAGUGACGGCGGCGUGCCCUGCAGUAGCUUGUAUCCCGAGCACAGGUCCAGUCAUCCCCAGGUGGAAUUUCACUCGUACUUGAAAGGCCCCUCCCAGGAAGGGUUUGUCUCUACACUGAAUGGUGACAGUCACAUUGCCGAGCACCCCGCUGAAAGUUCUUUGAGCCUGGCGGAGAAAAGCAGAUUGCACGAAGAGUGCAUCAAAUCACCCGUGGUGGAGACCGUCCCUGUUUAG